UGUGCUUGUCCUUUGUAUCAUGUGUUUCGGUGCAUUCUUAAAACAGAAGCUGGCAAAACAGGCGAAGGGCCAUGCACAUCUAAGCAUGCUGAGGAGAUACAUUGGAGCAAGGAGACACCUAUUGCUGGACAAUGGACAUCAGCCCUCAAUUAGGGGAUGCCAUCAACUUGAUCAGUCCCUGGUCCGAAUGAGCCAGCCAAUCAGGGUGAAGGACAAAGUAUUGCAAAAGGUCUUCCGACAUGACCACAGCUUUGUGUCUCUGAGGAUGCCCCUUAAUGCCUCUGUUGAGGAUGUGAUGGCGGCCAUGAAAAUUCCAGCCCGAGACCACAUCCUUGUGAAAGUGAAGUCCUCUGGAGUGAGGGAGCAGCUUAAGAUGGAUGCCAGGGCCACCUCCUCCUUUCUGGGCCUAAAUGAGAGAAUUUUUCUCUGCACUGCUGAUCAGGCAGAUAAGUUGACACCCCUGCAGGAACAGCUUGGCCCAGACAUGAACACCAUUUACGCACUGGAGAACAUGAGCUCCAAGAUCAUUGCAGCUCAGCUCACCAGCUAUGACUGGGAACUCUUCAAUGCCAUGCAUGAGACGGAGUUGCUCUAUUAUGUUUUGGGAAAAAAGAAAUUCCCAAACAGCCCAACUGCCAACUUGGAGCGCUUCAUACAACGAUUUAAUGAAGUGGCCUACUGGGUGGCAACAGAACUCUGCCUGUGUGCAGACCAGGCCAAGCGAGCCCGUCUGCUGAAGAAAUUCAUUACAAUCGCCACGAUCCUAUAUAGUCACCAUAACAUGAACUCAUUCACUGCUGUGAUGUAUGGCCUGACAAAUAGUGCUGUAUCAAGACUCCAUAAAACCUGGAAGAAAGUGCCAAACAAAAUGAAGAAGAGAUUCAGAAGAUAUGAGCACAUGCUGGAUCCUUUCAGUAACCAUGAGGCUAUGAGACAGGUGGUUGCCAAACUGAGCCCACCUUAUAUUCCCUAUCUCCCUCUCAUUUUAAAAGACCUGACUUUCAUCCAUGAAGGCAAUAAGAGUUACCGAAAUGGCCUGGUAAACUUUGAAAAAAUGAGCAUGAUUGCCAAAAACCUAAGAACAGUGAAAGACUGUAGGAAUCAGCCCUACUUGCCAAUUUCACCCCAAAAUAACCUCAUGGACAAAAUGUUCCUGAAGAGCCCUCUCAAACAGAAACUCACAUUUUCUGACCAGUCACUGUCAGUGGAGGGAGCUCAAAUCAUAUGCCUCUAUAUCAGAAACCUCAAAGUCAUUGAUGACCAACGGAAGCUCAGUCAGUUGUCCCGGAACAUUGAGCCCUGAUGUACCACAGGGGGCUCAGAGAAGACAGAGAAGAAUCACCACAGUGAUGUCUCAAUAUAUCAACCAGAGGCUAAGCACUGAACUCUCCUAUUUUCUUAAUAAAGUUAUAUUUUGCAUAA